GGCGGUCGCUCCCGGGGCGGGAGGGGACGGUCCGCGCUGGCGCCGCCCCCGGAUCGCUCGCGGGUCCCGGUGCGGUGCCGGUGCCGGUGCGGACCCCGCAGCCAUGGCCGCGGCGCGGCUCGCAGCGCUGCCCCUGCGGGUCCUGCGGCGGGGACGGCCCGGGGGCAGUGCUCUGCACACGGGGGUGCCUGCUGCCUCCCACAAGCUGACCAGCAGCUAUGUCCAGGGCACUGUGGACGUUCCCCUUCUCUCCAAAACCAUGGGCCAAUGCCUGGAAGAGACAGCGGAGCGGUUUCCUGACCGUGACGCCUUGGUCUUCUGCCAAGAUGGGGUUCGGAAGACGUUUGCUCAGUUCAAAGAGGAGGUGGACCGCGCGGCUGCCGGGCUGCUGGCUCUGGGCCUGAGGAAGGGCGACCGCCUGGGGAUGUGGGGUCCCAACACAUACGAGUGGGUCCUCAUGCAGUUUGCUACUGCCCAGGCAGGGAUCAUCCUGGUGUCUGUGAAUCCAGCCUACCAGGCCCUUGAGCUGGAGUUUGUCAUCAGGAAGGUUGGCUGCAAGGCGCUGGUGUUUCCCACUCAGUUUAAAACGCAGCGGUUCUAUGAUAUUCUAAAGCAGUCGUGUCCUGAGCUAGAACAGUCCAGCCCAGGGGGAAUAAAGAGCAAAAGGCUACCUGACUUAUCCAUUGUCAUCACGUUGGACUCCAAGCUGCCUGGCACCUUCCACAUGGAUGAGGUGCUGGAGGCUGGGGACAGCAGCCACAUGAGGCAGUUAAGAGCCGUGCAGCAGACCCUCUCCUGCGAUGAGCCCAUCAACAUCCAGUUCACUUCAGGGACAACGGGAAGCCCCAAGGGAGCCACCCUCUCUCACCGGAAUGUCGUGAACAACGCCAACCUGAUCGGUCUGCGGCUGGGGAUCACGGAGCAGGACUACCGCACGGCCAUCCCCGCGCCCCUCUACCACUGCCUGGCCUCGGUGGGAGGCUGCAUGGUGAUGGCCGUGCACGGCUCCUCCAGCAUCUUCUCAUCGCCGAGCUUCGAGGGGAAGGCGGCUCUGGAGGCAGUGGCACGAGAGAAGUGCUCCUUUCUACAUGGCACACCAACCAUGUUCAUAGACAUGCUCUCCCAGCCGGACUUUGACUCCUACGACCUGUCGACUCUUCGGGGAGGAGUCAUUGCAGGUUCUCCUGUCCCCCCCGAGAUCAUGAAGAUGGUCAUGACCAGGAUGCACAUGCCCGAGAUCGUGGUUGCUUAUGGGACCACAGAAAACAGUCCUGUCACCUUCAUGGGGUUCCCCAGUGACAGCAUCGCCAGGAAGACGGAGACGGUGGGAUGCAUCUUUCCCCACACAGAGGCGAAGAUUGAGGAUCCAGAAACAGGGAAGCCUGUGCCUCUGAACACUCCUGGGGAGCUUCAGAUCCGCGGCUACUGCGUCAUGCUGGGCUACUGGAACGAACCCAGUAAGACGAGUGAAGUGGUCACUGCGGAGAGGUGGUACAAGACGGGGGACCUCGCGAGCCUGGAUGAGCACGGCUACUGCAGAAUUAUUGGUCGUUGCAAGGACAUGAUCAUCCGGGGAGGAGAGAAUAUCUACCCAGCAGAACUCGAGCAGUUUCUCCACACCCAUCCCAAGGUCAAGGAGGUCCAGGUGGUCGGCGUGAAUGAUCCACGGAUGGGAGAAGAGAUCUGCGCCUGCAUCCGCGUGAGGGCUGGGCAGGACUGCACCGAGGAAGAGAUUAAAGCGUUCUGCAAAGGGAAGAUCUCCCAUUUCAAGAUCCCGCGAUACGUGGUGUUUGUCAGUCAGUACCCGCUCACCGUCUCGGGCAAGAUUCAGAAAUACAAGCUGAGGGAGCAGAUGGAGAAGCACCUUCAGCUCUGAGCUGGGGAAGGUGGAGUGCAGGCAGGGAUGGAUCAGCCCCGCUUCAGCCAGCUUUGCAUCUGCUUCUCACCUGUGCCUCGGGCUGCGCCGCGGAGACCUUCUCCUCCUCACCGUCAGGCUGGUGGCACUUUUAGUUAAUAAAACAGAG